GGCAAUGUUCUACUGUCAAUCUAUUUAGUGACGUGUAUUGUGAGUUUGGAAAAUUUUUAAGAAGUCUGAAAUUCUAAAUUGAAUUUCACGUCAACGGCUUUAAAAAGCCAAUGAUAAAGUCAAUACACAUUAAUGCAUAGUGAAAUAAUAUAAUUAUUUUGGAAAAUAACGUUUUACAAUAUAAUUUCAUUACAUUUGUGUUGGCUGAAACACGAGCUAGAGAAAACUUACAGGCAAACGUCACUUAAAUCAAAAAGCGAAAAAGAACACAAAAAAAAGAAAGAAGAGGGUGCGCGGCGUAUGGUUUACGGGUUGUGCUCCGUUUGCUGUGGUGGUUGUGCGGACGUAUAAGAAAAGUGUCAGACGAGCUAAAGGAAAAUGAGGAAAUAGAAACGUGAGCAUAAAUUACAGGAACGAAGGGCCGAAGGGGUACAAUACAUUUUGUGGAUACGCGCUAGUUGAGUGCAUAUGUGACGACUGGCCGACGUUGGAUUUCUGGUGCACUUUUACUUGAAUUUUUGGUUUAUCUUUAUAAUUUUAGUUUUAUCUACGACUAUUUUCAAAAACAACAUAAAGGUUAUAUAGUCUGACUGGCCCAAACGAGUUAGGUUAAUCAAGUGACUGCAAUAGACGAACUUCAAUUUUUAACGACACCUGUAUCAGAUAUAUUUCUGGUAGCAGACGCAAAAAAAUUACAGCAAUGAUGAAUGAGGACACAAGUACUUCGUCUGAAAGUGGUGUGAAGUUUUUCUUCGUACGCCUUUCACAAAUGUACCAAUCGACGCUGGAUCGCUGGACGCCACAUACCAGAAUGCGAUGGGCGGGUGCAAUUGUGCUUGUAUUGCUCUUCCUGCUACGCAUUUUUAUCUACCAAGGCUGGUAUAUAGUGUGCUAUGCGCUCGGCAUAUACCAUUUAAAUUUGUUUAUUGCAUUUCUAACACCAAAAAUCGACCCAGAAUUCGAUCCUUAUGAAAAUGAUGAAGAUGGUCCCAAUUUGCCAACACGCAGUAACGAAGAGUUCCGGCCGUUCAUACGACGCUUACCGGAAUUCAAAUUUUGGCUGUCGAUCGCGAAAAGUACAAUCAUCGGUCUGAUAUGUACAUUCUUUGACUUCUUCAAUGUGCCUGUUUUCUGGCCUAUACUUGUAAUGUACUUCAUUACACUCUUCUGCAUAACAAUGAAGCGACAAAUUAAGCAUAUGAUUAAGUACAAGUAUUUGCCAUUUACACGCAACAAGCCGCGCUAUCAACGUGUUGGUGAGUCACCGGCAACGACAAAGUGACAAUUAGCCGCACAGACACUGCAAAAAACAAACGACAACCAAUCGACAACGGGUAUUACGUCGAUACACGAGCAAAGAACAACAACAACAACAACAGCAACAGUAGCAGCAGCAACAGCAGCAAAUACAACGAUUGCCACCGCGGCAACAACAGCAACAUCGUUACCAGCUGCACCAUUGUCAGCAGCUGCGUCUACGAUAGCAACAGCAAACGUAGCCAAACCACCGCAAAUUAUAACUAUUGAGUAAAAAUUCAACUAAAGUACACAAUAACAACAACAUUACAACUACAACUAUAGACAUUCACUAUCAAAAUCAAACUACAAACAAAAAUUAAAAAAAAAACACAGAAACAAGCAAGAAACUAAACACUAAACAAUAACAAACACAUUUCAAUAUUUCAUGUCAAAGUCAGCUAGCUAUCAGUAUUUUAUUUAAUUUUAAACACUUCAGAAGACAAUAUACACCGUCAUAAUCACAAAUACAAAACCACAACAGUUCAUUUAAUAUGAAGUGAGAAUUUGCGUUUUCCACAAACAACUUUAAUUGAUUUGCGCGUGUCAAGCGCAUUUUGAUUACAUUUCAUUGUGCUUGACAUACUAUUUGUUGUUAGCGUUUGCUUAAGUUUAUUAUAAAAUAUUUGUUGUUCUUAGCGGCAUUAACGUUUUAAAAUCCAACUAACUGCAAUACUAACAUAUGUACACACAUCUGUGUACAUGCUGGCACUGUGUUUAGUUGUGAUUCUACAACGUUAAUGCUUAAUUGUCGUGCAGUGUCCUGUGCAAAAAAAAUAACUUUUCGUGGCAUUUGUCCAACUUUGUCUUAUUAUUAAGAAUAUGCUUGUUUCAAUAUUUAAAACCUUAGUAAUUUUUAUUUGUAUGCAAUGUUAAUUAUGAUUACUAUUAUUAUUUUUGUUUUUUAGUUUAAAUUGAGCGUCUCAUUGGCCGGGUCACAUAGAUCACUCAUACCAAGCACUUUAUAACUGUAACGUUUGUAUGUAAAUAGCGUGCAAUAAAACAUACUAAAAACGGAGUGACGUCAUGUGUGUGUGAAAAAAACUGCAUAAUUCAUGUAUGAUGCUGGGUUCACUUGAAUACUACUUUGGCUUAGCGCUUGAAUUUUUUUUUUUUUUGGUUUAAAGUAAUAUAUAUAUAUAAAUAAAUAUAUUAAUCAUUAUUAUUAAUAAUUAUGCUUAGUAAUGUUAUGUGCAUAACUGUAUUCAGCUCGUUCCCAAACGUAAAUAUAUAAUCUAAACUAGUAUGCAAACCCUGCUAGACAACUAAGUACAUAAAUGGAUGCUAUUAAUUUAGUUUACCUACAAAAAAAAAUGUUGUUUCUUAAAUGGUAGCAGCUAAUUAGACAUAUUUUCAACAAAUUUUCAAAAUUCGCAAUUGCACGGUAAUUUUGUGCUUUUAGUUUAGUAUACAAAAAGCGUUUUCUAAUUUUAUUAACAAAAAGCUUUUCUCAAUUACAAUUUGUUAUAAUGAAAAUAAUGACGUAAAUAGUUUUUUUUUUGUUUAUUAACACAAGUACAACACUAAUUAGCUGAUAUGUGUUAGAUGAACAUUUGUAUAUAGCGCCUUUUCCUACAAAAGCAGUCUUCAUUACCAUUUUUGAAAUAUUCUUAAAAGUUCACAAAUAGUUUAUGCGCCAAUGUUGACGAAUUGCUGGUUGUAAAACACCUAAAGCGAGAAAUACAUACCUAAAUAGAUAUAUAAGCGCAUCUGUGUGAGUUGCGAAGUUGAAAAUGGUACAGUGUACGAUUGUAAUAAUAAAUACCAAAACAUUUGAAUAAAUUACAAAUAAAAGGAAAAUAAAAUUAA